GAAAAAAAAAAAGAAGAUUGGCAACAGUUGUUAGCUCAGGUGCCAAUCUUUAAAAAAAAAAGAAAAAAAGAGUUAAGAGAUGAAGGCCUCUGCUAGGAGGAAAGUACCUGGUUCUAAUAAAGAUUCCUCACCAGCUCAGAGCUCUCGCUGGCGUCUCCUGGGUUCACAGCUGGGUUCUGGAGACUAAAGUUGCAAGAAGUCUGAUCUUUGAAUGAGUGAGGAAUCAUUGGGCUGAAUUUGAUUCUGAAAAGCAUAUUUAACAGCUGUCAUUUGAUGAUGACGAAAGCUGGUCUGGACUUCUUUAAAAUCUUUGAACAAGUGAGCUUUGCCAAGCAGCACAAGCUGCAUGAUCUUCGUGGAGAAAUACUAGGAUGCAGGAACAAGAUAUUCGUCAUCCGAGGGAAAUACAGCUUUGCGUCCUGAUGUUCUCAGCUCAGAAGAUGAAUAACUGUCAGUCUCUCUCUCAUUGUCAUUCCCUCGUUUUACUCCUCUUUCACCUCUCUCGAUGCAGACUCUGAAACACGCUUUUUUGUUCAAUUUUUCUCUUUCUAAUAUUACGUGUUCUCUUUGACAAAAGCAGUCCUCUCGUCUUUCUCUUUUUAUUUUCGUUGGUGUCUCUGCUGCUCUAUCUUUAGGCCUGAUUCUGUUUAUCUUUGUACCCUUUCUUGAGGCAGCUCCAAGUCUCUCCUGGUUGACUUUUGCUCGCUCUGUCUCUGCCGGCCCGCCCUCUCCGUGAGCUCACUGUCUUUGGGUAUCACUGUCUGACUAAAACAAAGGUCAAUGUACAGACAGGGUUGGGAUUGCCCAGAAGGCAGAUUAGCCGCAUAGCCUACCUUCCCUAUUUGUACUUUUCCUGGAUGUAGAGUGGGGAGGAGGUCAGCAGAGGCCUCAGUCUAGAAACUGUGCAAAACCCUGACAGUCAUCCCACCCACGGAUCCAUCCCCAUCAGAAUGGAUCUGAGAGCUCUUUUAUCACCAGAUGGAAAGACCCACCCUUAUAGUCCCUGCCUGCCAUGUUAUGGUAUAGAUGGCUGCUACCAGUGGUAGGAGAUCUGCAAAUGGGAGGAUGGUUCCCAGGACCAGUGAUAGCAAUGGUAGUUCAUUCACCCUGCAACAAAAAAUGAAAGGCACUUUUGUAUUCAUAAAUCGGGGAUCAUAUUUAUGUGGCAAUAUAUGACUGAAAAAAAUAGAAACAAGAAAGGCAUGACCUUUUUCAAAGACAAAUGAAAAUUUCAUUUUCAGUAACCACAUACUUAAACACUAUUUUAGUCCAAAUACAAAUUAAUUGUUUACCCACAAAAGUUUUAUAACAAUGAUUUCACUUACAUGCAAAAUCAAAUAUUAUGCUCACUACCACCACGCAAAAACCCAACCCUUUGCCCAGCGAAUAGUAAGUUGUAGACUGGACAGAAACGGAUUCUCCCAUUUUGCCUCAUUAGGACCACGCUGUACAAACCACAAUCACAACCAAGUCACAUUUUAUCAUAUUUACUCAUAGACAGAACAAUCUGGGAUGUGAUGUUUGUAGUGGAAACUUGCCUGUGACUUAUGGAACCAUUUCUGCCAUUUCUAUACUGCUGGGAAAUUUUAGGAUCUAAAAGUUCUGGAAGUUUCCUAUAUGGUUGGCAUCCUCAUGGCUAUCUCUGGUGUCACUCAAAAGACACUGAAAAACAUCUGUGUGCUGAAACUUUCCUCUCUCUGUCAUCUCACCUUGAAUCUAACUAAAAGAGAAUCACGUAAGUGGUAAGCCCACUCAUGUGAUAUGGUAAAUAUGGAAGGUAUUUCCAUAGGUAAACUGGACCAGAAUUAAAUGCUUGUUAAAUGACUUUACAUGGCUCCACUUACUUUCCUAAUCUAUGUUAAUGUCUUACUUUUUUUUUAUUGUGGUCAAAAACAGAUAACAUGAAAUUUACCAUCUGAACCAUUUUUAAGUGUACAGUACGAUAAUGUUAACUACAUGCACACUGUUGUGUAACAGAUCUCUAGAACUUUUCCAUCUUGCAACAAUGAUACCUAUGGGACAAUAUCUCCCUUUUUCCCUCUCUCUCCAGCCCCUAGCUCCUACCCUUCUACUUUCUGUUUCUAAGAGUUUGAUUACGUUACAUACCUCAUAUAAGUGGAAUUUGUCUUAGAUUUCUCAAGCAUUGUACUCUGGAAAAUGUCUUCUUCAUCUGAAAAAUGGAUAGAGUCCUGAAGAACUACUGGUCUUACCGUGUCACUGACCUUACCUAAUUUUAUUUAACAAAUAUUCACUUACGGUGUAAUAAAAACGUCAUGAUCAAGUUACUAGGCUCAGUGGAAUCUUUGUUAUCUCAGAUGAUCUCACCAAGGAAUUUGAAGUGGUAUGUGUGUUUAACAGUGGAUGUUGACUUCCACAGCUGUUUAUUAUUAUCCAGUCUUUAAUAUUUGCCACCAAAACAUCACACAUGUGGUAUUGUUCAUUCUACGCUUCAAAAUCAUCACAAAAAUGAGGCCUGAAUGUAGUAAAUACGGUAGCCAGUCUUCCACAUGCAUUGAAAGAGAUGAGUCAUCAUAGCUCAUCCUACAAGGGCAAGAUAAUUUCAAAAGGGAUCUAGGUAGUCCACAGUUGCACCUGCCUUAGAAGUCAGGAAGAACUGGUUUUCUGGAGUCACUUCUCCGGUCACUUUCCCUUUAGCCUGGGGAUCAUUUCAACUGGUUUUGCUGCAGAUCUUGGAAUGCCAUUCCUUGUGUUCUGUGAAUUUAAGAGAACUUGGGUAACCCUUAACUCUGCUCAGCUUCUCUCAGAUGAAGGCAGUGCUGCCAAGGACCACCAACUUUAAAAGUUUUUAGAGUUUCCUUUCUUUUUUCCUUUUCUUUUCUUCCUUGCUCCAAAUCCACAUGUACUUUCUGAAAAAAGGGAAAAGCUUCUCCCCAUCUGUAAGCAGCAGAAAUUCCAGAGUCCAAUGGCUACAAAGACCCUGUCCCUGAACUUGUCAACUUAUUCCCUGCUCUUCCACCUCCUCCUUGCAUACCCACCAAAGGAAGCUUCUGCUUCUUUUUCGGUAAAGAACCUCAGAGAAGAGCAUCUGGGUACCUACUCCAGCCAGAAAGUCCACUCACAUCUGGGCUGGAAGGGCCUCUGAAAUGAUACGGGCAGCUAGACUUUUCCAGAGAGGCAUUCUCGCCACAAGGGUCUGUGGCCUUUCUCACAGGCUAACACCCUCUGCUGGUUUAGACAUUUUGUGUUCACCCAGGUGCUGAAGCAAAUGAUCUUUGCCACCAGGGAGGUCUGAAAGGUUUAACAGUGUGCACUCUGGGGCAAAUUUCUCCAGGAUUAAUAUUUCCUUUUCUCCCUGCCACCGGACACAUCGUCUUCCUCUGACUUUCAUCAGCAAGCGGUCCCCCAGGGAAAGCUCCAGGUCCCAUGGUCUGCAGGGAUAAAGCAGUGCUUGGGCAAAUGAGAUUAUGUUUACAACCAUGGUCAUCACUUCAGCCCCUAGGAUGUCUGAGAAACAAAAAUAAGCUUUGCAAGUUGCCUAGGUCUGCAGAAUCAGCAGGCCCCUGCUGGGACCAAUCCUGAACUGCCUUUGGAAGAGAUACCGUCUCGUUCUUUCCAACGUGCUGAUUGGCUGUAAGGAAUGGGCGGGGCUACUGCCUCUGUCUGGCUUCCCAUAGGUGAACGAAAGUUAAAGUGGGCCUCCAGCAAGAUUUUGUCCCGUGACAACCAGGAAUGUCUUAGGGAUUUUUUUUCUGCUUUGGAGGCCCAGGCUCAAAGCAAAUUAUAAGUGGGAGACCAAUUAGAAGGAAAGAAAUUUGAACUGAGUUAAGGUGCCAGGUCCUGGGAGAGAAGACCAACCCCAUCUGAAGGCUGCCUCCUCCCUGACAAACUCGGGGGGCUUGUUUUAAGGGAAGGGGAGUACUAGGUUUUUUUAAGGGAAGAGGGGUACAGCGAGCACAGGUAGGAAGUGACCCUGGUACUGCCCGAAACAGGGCAUCAGAGAGAGGAGAGAAAUGAUGGAGGGCACGAUAUGCUCUUGGUCUUUUUAAUUUUUUAAGCCUUUAAAUGACUUCUUCAAGGCCAAACAGCAGCAGCAGAGGGGCAAUUUUGUUGAUGAAGGGGGCCUUUGCUGAGCCCUAGAAUGAAGUUACUCUAUUACUGAGCAAGCAGAGAGGGAACGCACUAUGUCCCCAUUUAUCAUCUUUUCCCGCUUCCUUGUUGCUGGGCAUAAGACUAUGCUGGCCAAUCCCACCUAAAACAGGAGGCAAGGAGCCCAGCCUUUUGUGCAAACGGGCUGUCACUGCCCUCCUCUUCUGCCCCCAAGACGAAAGAGGACUUUUGGAAGCUGAGAGAGGUUUACGAAGUCUUUCUGGACUGAGCAUUGAGCAUCGCGAGGAGCAAAGGCAUCGGGCCUGCGGCGGGCUCCAAGGGGAGGAGGAGAGCGCACAGGUCCAGGAUGGGCUUGCUGAAGGGCCUUCUCCGGGCCAGGAACCUGCUGCUCGUUGUCUUCGUGCCGCUCGUGCUGCUUCCUCUGCCCAUGCUCUACCCCAGCAGCGAGGCUGCCUGUGCUUACGUGCUGAUCGUGACUGCUGUGUACUGGGUGUCCGAGGCCGUGCCUCUCGGAGCUGCAGCCCUGGUGCCUGCCUUCCUCUACCCGUUCUUCGGAGUCCUCCGAUCCAGCGAGGUGGCGGCCGAGUACUUCAAGAACACCACGCUGCUGCUGGUGGGCGUCAUCUGCGUGGCGGCUGCCGUGGAGAAGUGGAACCUGCACAAGCGCAUCGCUCUGCGCAUGGUCAUCAUGGCCGGAGCCAAGCCGGGCAUGCUGCUGCUCUGCUUCAUGUGCUGCACCACGCUGCUCUCCAUGUGGCUCUCCAACACGUCCACCACCGCCAUGGUGAUGCCCAUCGUGGAGGCCGUGCUGCAGGAGCUGGUCAGUGCUGAGGAGGAGCAGCUCGUGGCCGGCAACUCCAGCGCCGAAGAGGCUGAGCCCAUCAGUCUUGAGGUAAACAACAGCCAACCUUCUCUGGAACUCAUCUUUGUCAAUGAAGACCUGGAACACCAGAACCUAGAGAGGUCACUAUACCAAACACUGAUGUGUGGGGAGAAUUCUCAUCUCAGGAAGUCUGGACCACUGUUUGUUCUCUCAUUUCCUUUGCUUUGUUCCAGCACAUCCACUGCAGACUUCACUUCUCUGGUGCAGAGCAAGAACCUGAACGGUGUGCCCACAAUCACCAACCCCAUCAAGACUGCACACCACCAGGGCAAGAAGCAGCUCCCAUCCCAGGAAAAGCCACUAGUCCUGACCCCUGGGCCCAGGAACCGGGAACUCAACAGAAAGUACAAGUCCCAGCAUGACCAAAUGAUCUGCAAGUGCCUUUCUCUGAGCAUAUCUUAUGCUGCUACCAUUGGGGGCCUGACUACCAUCAUUGGCACCUCCACCAGCCUCAUUUUCUUGGAACACUUCAACAACCAGUAUCCAGCUGCAGAGGUGGUCAACUUCGGCACCUGGUUCCUCUUCAGCUUUCCCAUCUCCCUCAUCAUGCUGGUGGUCAGCUGGUUCUGGAUGCACUGGCUGUUCCUGGGCUGCAAUUUUAAAGAGACCUGCUCUCUGAGCAAGAAGAAGAAGACCAAAAGAGAAGAGUUGUCAGAGAAGAGGAUCCAAGAGGAAUAUGAAAAGCUGGGAGCCAUUAGCUACCCUGAAAUGGUGACUGGCUUUUUCUUCAUCCUGAUGACGGUGCUGUGGUUUACCCGGGAGCCUGGCUUUGUUCCCGGCUGGGAUUCUUUCUUUGAAAAGAAAGGCUACCGCACCGACGCCACGGUCUCUGUCUUCCUUGGCUUUCUCCUCUUCCUGAUUCCUGCGAAGAAGCCUUGCUUUGGGAAAAAGAAUAAUGGGGAGAACCAGCAGCCCUCACUGGGGACGGAGCCCAUCAUCACGUGGAAGGACUUCCAGAAGACCAUGCCCUGGGAGAUCGUCAUUCUGGUGGGAGGAGGCUAUGCCCUGGCUUCUGGCAGCAAGAGCUCAGGCCUUUCCACAUGGAUUGGGCACCAGAUGUUGUCCCUGAGCAGCCUCCCACCAUGGGCUGUCACCCUGCUGGCAUGCAUUCUCGUGUCCAUUGUCACAGAGUUUGUGAGCAACCCAGCCACCAUCACCAUCUUCUUGCCCAUCCUGUGCAGCCUGUCCGAAACGCUGCACAUUAAUCCACUCUACACCCUGAUCCCAGUCACCAUGUGCAUCUCCUUUGCAGUGAUGCUGCCUGUGGGCAAUCCCCCCAACGCCAUCGUCUUCAGCUAUGGGCACUGCCAGAUCAAAGAUAUGGUGAAAGCUGGCCUGGGAGUCAAUGUCAUUGGCCUGGUGAUAGUGAUGGUGGCCAUCAAUACAUGGGGAAUUAGCCUCUUCCACCUGGAUACUUAUCCAGCCUGGGCUAAGGUUAGUAACAUCACUGAUCAGGCCUAACACAAGUGGGCAAACAGCCCAAUCAAAGGAGCUGCCAGCACCCAGCAGAAUCUGACCAACAGGCCAAGAAAACCGCCAGGAGCACACAACCCCCACCAGAAGAUUCCAUUGUCUACCACCAAAAGUGAAGCACAGGAAGCCUCCAACAACCAAAAACACAUGCUUGGAUGUGUCUUCUUCUCUGCCCUCCAUCCUUAGUACCAGAGCUCCAGAAAACGUGCACUCUUUCUCACUUCCUUGUAUCUAGUCUCUCCAAUCACUUCUUUCUGAUGACAGGAUGUCUCAGUUGCCCCUCAGAGGCUAAGCCUCACAAACUGGCUAUCCUCACUAGGUUUUAUGUUGUUCUUAACUUCAUCCCUUUUUAGGAGCUGAAGGAGAAAUCCAAACCAUCCUACCUAUGCACAGAGAGUGAAACCAGUGACAUCUUUCAGGGGAAAAAUCUCACCCAGAACUUGAGACCUAAUGCCAGCUACUCUCUCUUAAGUGUUUCUAUCCUAAGUUCUCUCCACAAAAAGGUAAUUCUUAGUAGGUCCUCUUUGCGGCAGUCAGUACUCUUUUAUCACUAUCACUAUCUCAUUCCCUUUUAAGCGUCUCUUCUCAAUGGCUUCUCUUUACCUUGGCACCAAAUUCCUGUAAAGAAAUAGUGUUCUCUUUAGAAGAGGCUGGUGCUGUUCUUUUUGUGAAAGGAAAAGGAAGCAGAGAGAGAGGACACGUUGGGAUUAGUAUCUCUCUCUUCACUCAUCACUAACCAUCAAUACUGCUGCAUUGGUUAAGUGCUGAGAGGGAGAAAAAACUUUCAUAUCUGUCUUGUUAAGGAGGCCAAAACGAUAAUUAAACCACAGCACUAUUAAUGAUAUUUGGCUGGCUUUCUUCUGGAUGUAAUGAGUAGUUCAUUCCUGAGAGGACACGUACAGAAGAGUCCAACACAUCAGUCACUUUCUACAUGCUGACGAGCCCCUCGAGGGAAGGGGAGAUGUCUUAUGUCUCUUAAAGCCCCCAGCAACUUGUGCAAUACAGUAAACUGUAACUGCUCAGUAAGCGGCUCCCUUGAGAAGAAUCACUUUGGAAUGAAGGCCUCCUUCUUCCUCCUGAAGACCAUGCCAUUUUCUCCAUGACAGACUCCUUGCUCUCUGACUGGAUAUAGCUCCCAAUCCCCCCAGUUUUCGAGCAUUACGUAUUUCCAAUUUCUACCAUCAGUUACUUGCUAAACACAUCUUAUGGGAAAAGGAGCACCCCAUAGUCAUUAUACUGUUUUAAUUAUUUUAAGUUACUACUGACAGCAUGUGCAGUUUUCCCACAGCAAUAAUUGAUCAAUAAAAAUCACUCCCUUAGUUGAUCAA